AUGUCUGUAAAAAUCAAUCAGGAAGUAAAAGAUAUCACCCGAGUAGAACGAGUGGGAGCUCACUCUCAUAUUCGUGGUCUCGGUGUGGAUGAUUCCUUCUCUGCUCGUGCAAGCUCUGAAGGUAUGGUCGGACAACAAAAGGCUAGAAAGGCAGCUGCAGUAAUUCUUCAAAUGAUAAAGGAAGGUAAAAUUGCUGGUAGAGCAAUCCUUAUCGGAGGUCCUCCAGGAUCAGGCAAAACAGCCAUCGCAAUGGCCAUGGCUCAGUCUCUAGGACCUGAAACUCCAUUCACAAUGCUUGCCGGCUCUGAAAUUUUCUCACUUGAAAUGAGCAAAACUGAGGCUUUAACACAAGCAUUUAGACGAAGUAUUGGAGUUCGUAUAACCGAAGAGUCCGAAGUUAUUGAAGGAGAAGUGGUAGAAAUUCAAAUUGACAGACCUCUCGAUGCUAGCAGCGCGUCACAAGGCAAAACAGGUAAAAUCACAUUAAAAACAACAGAUAUGGAGACCAUUUAUGAUUUAGGUGCUAAGAUGAUUGAAGGUUUGCAAAAAGAAAAAGUUCAAAGUAAGGACGUUAUUUCCAUCGAUAAGGCAACAGGAAAAAUUACAAAACUAGGUCGUUCAAUUUCUGCAACUGGUGACUAUGACGCAAUGGGACCAAAUACAAAAUUUGUUCAAACGCCAGUUGGUGAAUUACAAAAGAGAAAAGAGUCUCAACACAUGGUAACAUUACACGAAAUUGAUGUCAUCAAUAGCAGAAGUCAAGGUUUUAUUGCUCUCUUUGCUGGAGACACUGGAGAAAUUAAGUCUGAGGUCAGAGAACAAAUUGACCAAAAAGUGGCUGAGUGGAGAGAAGAAGGUAAAGCAGAAAUCGUUCCUGGAGUUUUAUUUAUUGACGAGGUUCACAUGCUGGACAUUGAAUGCUUUUCAUUCUUGAAUAGAGCCAUUGAAAGUGACAUGGCACCCAUCUUGAUUAUGGCCACAAACCGUGGUAAUAGUACUGUAAGAGGAACUGAUAUUAAGAGCCCUCAUGGUAUUCCAAUUGACUUGCUAGAUCGUACACUAAUUAUUUCUACCUCUUCUUACAGCAGAGAAGAAUUGAAACAGAUUAUUCAAAUUAGAUGUGAAGAAGAGGAUGUAAAACUGAGUGACAAGGCUCUCGACCUGUUGGUAUCAAUUGCAGGAAACACGUCAUUGCGUUAUGCGUUACAAUUAAUUACGACAUCUGCUCUUGUUGCACAGAAAAGAAAGAGCACCGAGGUUGGUACGGAAGAUAUAAGAAGAGUUUUUGCGUUGUUUGUGGAUGUGAAACGAUCUCAAACAUUUUUGGAAGGCUUCCAAAGUCAGUACAUUCUCUCGACAUCAGUUGCAUCAGGAAAUGCCUCAACAGUACAAGAUACAAUGGAUACUAUGGAAUAA